AUGGGAGAUCAACAUCAGCCUAAUAGCCAUGAUUAUGAUCUGGCAACGCCGAUUUCAUCCUCUUCAGGUCUUCGUCAGGGAUUGACUGCGUAUGGGGAUGCGCAUUUCUCUUUGUUUCUGAGGAAAGUAUUCAUCAAGGCGCUAGGAUACUCCGACGACGCUCUCUCGCGGCCCAUAAUUGGAAUCAUCAACACCUACUCCGGAUUCAAUCCGUGCCAUGCCAAUGUACCGCAAUUGAUGGAAGCUGCAAAGCGAGGGGUUCAUCUCAAUGGCGGGUUGGCCGUUGAAUUCCCUACCAUCAGUGUCCAUGAAUCUUUUUCGUAUCCUACCAGCAUGUUCCUCCGGAACUUGAUGAGUAUGGACACGGAGGAAAUGAUUCGUGCUCAGCCGCUGGAUGCGUGUAUUAUGAUCGGAGGGUGUGAUAAAACAAUUCCCGCUCAAUUGAUGGGCGGCAUAUCUGCAAACAAGCCGAUCUUGCCGCUGGUAACGGGUCCAAUGCUGCCAGGCAAUCAUAAAGGAUCAAGGAUAGGCGCCUGUACUGACUGUCGGAACAACUGGGCCGCAUUUCGUGCCGGGGAAAUCGACAUCGAGGAGAUUUCCGCUAUCAACGAAGAACUUGCUCCAACGAUCGGAACGUGUGGUGUGAUGGGUACUGCCAGCACAAUGGCGUGCAUUACUGCCGCUCUGGGGCUGAUGCCGCUUCGAGGCGCUUCGGCCCCUGCAGUGUCAUCCGCACGGAUCAGAGUAGCAGAGGAAACCGGGGCAAAUGCCGUGUCUGUGGCAGUUAAUAGUCGAAAGCCACAAGACAUCCUCUCCAAAGAAUCAUUCAUAAAUGCAAUCACGGUGCUGCAGGCCAUUGGCGGGUCAACAAACGCCGUAGUACACCUACUCGCCAUUGCGAAUCGACAUCCCCAAGUGAGCGGCGUGAUUACCCUCCAAACAUUCGAGGAGAUUGGCCAGAAAACGCCAUUGCUGAUCAAUCUCAAACCGAGUGGGGACAAUUAUAUGAAUGAUUUUCAUAACGCUGGUGGUAUGCUGGCGCUGUUGCAUACCUUGCGACCGCUGCUUCAACUUUCAGCCAUGACCAUCAAUGGCCAGACAAUGGGCGAGAUCUUGGAUGCUUCUCCUUUCCGUACAUUUCCAUACUCGACGCAAAUCAUCAGGCCCCUUUCGGAUGCUCUCUAUCCAUCCUCCUCUCUUAUUGUCCUUCACGGGAACCUUGCCCCCGAUGGUGCCGUCAUGAAGGCCUCGGCAUCCAAGGAUCGAAGGCUACUUUCUCAUACAGGACCGGCGGUAGUCUUCGAAAACUCGGCGGAUCUAGCACGACGAAUUGACGAUCCGGAACUUCCCGUGACCAAGGACACUGUUCUUGUUCUCCAAGGAAUAGGCCCCAUCGGCAACCCUGGCAUGCCCGAGGCGGGCCUAAUCCCGAUACCCCGUAAGCUUGCAUCUGCAGGGGUGAAAGACAUGCUGCGUCUUUCCGACGGCCGAAUGUCUGGUACGGCGGGAGGGACCAUUGCUCUUCACAUUUCCCCGGAAUCUGCACUGCCCGAAUCGCCGUUCGGAGUAGUGCAGACCGGCGACCUCAUCACCUGUGACGUCGAGCAACGUAUACUGCAAGUGGAGAUAUCGAGCGAGGAGUUGCGGGCACGCCUUGACGCGCGAAAACGACGAGUUAUCGAGAAUAAGGAUCCUGCCGGACAACAAGGAAGAAAAAGAGGUUAUCUUGGCCUAUAUGAGCGGAGCGUCAACCAAGCGCAACACGGGGCGGAUUUUGGUUUUCUUGCAGCCAAUUGA